AUGGCAAGUGUCAAAGGUCUUGAAGACUCUGGCAAGGGUUUUGACCUAGACUCAAUCAUGAAUGGUAUUGAAGAAUAUUUAAACGAUGCAGAAGCAACCGGUACCGAGCAGGAGAAGUCGAACCAGGAAGAAGAUGGGGACUUGGAGGCUAGUGGCAACUCAAAGAAGCCGGAGGCAAUUUCUUUGACAAAAGAGGACGAAACCCCAGCAUUGGACGUCAGCGUCAACGCCAAGAAGCCGGAGGUAGGUACUUUGACGAGGGAGAAUAAAACUCCAGAACUGGAUGUAAAUGCCAAUGCGGAGAAGCCCGAGACAAGUACCUCGACGAAGGAAAACGAAACUGCAGAAUCAAACGUAGGUGCCAAGACGGAGAAGGAAGAGACAAGUGUUUCAACAAAGAAGGACGAAACUGCAGAAUUAGAUUUGAGUUCCGAAGCUGAGAAGCCGGAGACAAGUGGCUCGACGAAGGAGCACAAGUCUCCAGAAUCUGAUUCCAGUGGUAAUUCCAAAAAAAGAGACGACUUCGACGCCAAUGCAAAAAAGACAGAUACAGAUACGAACGAGUCUAAAACUGCGGCUAUAGAUUCGAGUGUGAAUUCGAACAAUACAGAAGGCAAUGUUGAUUCCAAACCUGCAGAAUCAGACGUUAAUGACACUACGAAGAAGGCAGAAACGGCUACGAGCGAGAGCAAAGCAGUAGAAUCAGACGUUACUAGCAAUACGAAGGAGGCAGAAGUCAACGCCAAAACUCCCGGUUCAAGCAACAACGCGAACAAGAUAGAAGACGUCAUCGCGGACGAAACUCCACCACUGGACCUGAGUGCCAGUCCAAAGAAAACACAAGACGUUGUUGAGGUCAAGCCUACAAAAUCGGACGUGGAUACCAGCCCGAUCAAAACUGCAGGGCCAGACGUAAGUGCCAACUUGAAUAAGACUGAAAUAACUACUUCCAAGAAUGAGGCCGAAGUCGUAUCUCCGACAAGCACCAACGAACUACUCUCUGAGGAGAUCAAAAACAAAGCCCAACUGGAUGAAAACCAACAGCGCGCGGACUCGCAGACCGAACCGGAGUCCGACCAAGUCGAAGCCCAACAACAGCCAAGCAUUCUCGAUCUCGACACCGAAGAGAUCCUUCGUCAACUAGAGACCUUGGACGACACCGCGAUCUCCCAGCUAGCAGCCGAGAUCGAAGAACCCGAUAUACGCGACGCUCCGAUCUACAUCUACACCUCCUUGGCAGGAGGCGGCUUCCAUAUGGUGCCGCGCACCAAUAGGCUAGCCACCAUCCUGACGGCCAACCGCAUAGACUUCCAGUACCGCGACCUCGGCACCGACGCAGCGGCCCGCGCUACCUGGAAAGCGCUCGCCGCGGGAAAACAGCUGCCGGGCGUCGUGCAGGGCGACCAGCGCCUGAUUGGCGACUGGCAGGAAAUCGACGACCUAAACGAGUCAGCUCGUUUACGCGACUCGGUCUUGGCCGUCUAG